AUGCCUCUACAAUUCGGUCUCUGCGAACCCUCCGACGUGCCGCGGUGCUUCGAGAUCACCUCGCGCGCCUUUGGCACCGAGCACGGCUACUUCGAGGCCGUGUUCCCAGACCACGCCACGCCCGAGGGCCGCAGGUCGGGCGCCGAGAGGCUGGCCGGCGCGCUAAAGAACCCGCAGGCACGGCUGUGCAAGGUGACGGACACGGACACGGGCGAGAUCCUCGGUUUCGCAAAGUGGGACGUCUACGAAAGGUCGCCGACCGACGUCGGGGCCAAGGACGGGCCAAAGGGCGACUACUGGAAGGACGAAAAGGCCAAGGAGCUGUCGGACUAUUUCUGGUGGGAGUUUACCCGAAGGCGGUGGGAUGCGGUGCGGGAGUCUGGGGGUGAUAUUGUCUCCCUCGACAUCAUGGUUGUCGACCCGGCCCACCAUCGACGCGGCAUCGGAAGGAUGCUGAUGAAGUACGGCGUCGACGAGGCCGACAGGCUCGCGGUGGAAUCGGUGGUGGAGGCGUCGAGGAUGGGGAGGUUUCUGUACGAAAACUUUGGCUUCGAGAUACUCGAGGAUGUGCUCAUCCCCGUGCCACCCGGGCAGGAAGGAAAGGAGCAGUUUUUUCACUGGAUGAGGCGACCGGCGACGGUCAAGGCGGCAGCAUGA